AUGGAAAAGAACAUCUGCUAUCGGCAAAACGGCAAACGAAAAAGAAAAGAAGUCGUCUGCGACGAUUUGCGAGGACUCCUUGAUUACGAGCCUGUGCUGAACGUGCCUCGAAGCCGCGCACGACAAACUUGGAUCAAAUCUCGAAGACCACUAAGGAACUGUUGGAAGGAAAGGCUUGAUCCGAAUGCAUCGCACAUUGAGCGGCAGAAGAAGAUUCUGGAAGCAGCACAAAGAUCGAGUCUAAAGAAGUGCCGCAGUGAUCUUCGCGAAUAUAAUAUUCCGCUAGCAACCUUGCUGAGCGAAGACGGGACUCGCACGUCUUCUCGUCGUGAGAUGGAAAUCAUUACGGAUAGGUUCUACUCGAACCUUUUCCGCUCAUCAACUCCUGUGUCAAGCCCGAUCAUCCUCACUGGUGAAGCUCCACCACGGAUUCUCCCUUCGGAAGUACGAGUCGCUAUCGAGAGCAUGAAACCUGGCACAGCCCCCGGACCUGAUUUUAUAUCAGCAGACUUUCUUCGGGCUGGUGGCCAUCUGCUUCAUGUGAUCUUAGCAGCGCACAUGACAUCCUACUUUCAGAAAAAAAGGAUCCCAGACCAGUGGAAGACCUCGCGAACCGUUCUUAUCCAUGAGAAAGAUCAUCCUCACGCGCACAUCUGGGACGCUGGACGAAGUCCCGCCCCAAGAACAAGCUGGAUUCCGCCAGGGGUUCAGCUGCUUGGACCACAUCCAGACCGUGUCAAGGGUCAUAGAGCUUUGCCGGGAAUACCGCUCCUUGUUCUAACCUUCUUCGACUAUGAGGAAGCCUUUGACAGCGUAGAAACGAAUGCAAUACUGUCAGCGUUGGUCGAUCAAGGUGUGGACGCGUCGUUUGUGAGGACAUUAGCUAAUUGCUACGAUCGUUGCACGACUAGGAUACAGCUUUUCCACUGCCCUCUCACCAUACCCAUUGGAAAGGGGGUACGACAAGGCGAUACUAUAUCGCCAAAGCUGUUUACCGCUGCAUUGCAAUGGAUAAUGAAAUCACUUUUCUGGGAAGAAAGGGGCAUAUGUGUUGAUGGAAGAUUCCCUUCGAACCUUCGUUUCGCGGACGAAAUCGUUCUCUUUUCGAGCAGUACCAAUGAAGCAGAAAAGAUUCUCAACGAAUUGAAUGAAGCAGGGAAGAGAAUAGGACCACGAAUAGACAGAAAGAAGACACAGUUCAUGAAGGUGCCCACUGCGAGGACGGAGGAGUACAACUUGAACUAA